AUUAAGCUGUUCAUAAUGGAUGUUGAGGAAACAUAUAGCCACUGGGUUCAUAUUCACCCCCUCCAAACAGACUACACCCACUGAUUUAAGCCCGCGCGUCUCCGAUAGUUUGCUUGAUUAUGCGCUGUCUGUCGAAGUGACAAGUGGAGGGGAAACACAUUUUGUGUUAUAAUGCUGAGACAUGUUUGGGUCUUCCCGUGUAUAUUACGACUUGGUGGAACUUUUUCAAAUGUUGCUUUUCAAAAACCUGCCACCAUGAGUACAGUGAUUGACGUUUAUGCCAUAGCAUCUCAUGCAGUGGACGGAUACACGUAUAUCUGCGCACAAACGAACUAUAGCGACAUGGAACCGUGGUGGAUGGUGGAUCUGCGUGGGUACUUUGACAUACAUGAUGUCAAUGUGACGAGCGUCUACGAUUGGUUUACCGCAUCCGGAUUCGAUUCCCUUCGGUGGGUCCAUUGGGCUAUUUCUCGUACCAGGCAGUGCUCCACGACUGGUGUGACAAAGGCCGUGUGUGGAAUCUACACAGCUUCACCAUUGACGUGUUUACGGAGAAUCCAAUAGGCUGUGCACGCGCCACCCCAGUCCAGUGCUACAACCGCACCGACGCACAGGAGCCUGGUGAGACUAUACAGUUUGAAUGUCGCUCGCCCGUGAUUGGUCGGUCGUCCGUAUUAAGUGGAGAAUGGCGGACCUUUUUUACCCAUUAAUGCUUUGUGAAGUUGAGGUUCAUGGCACAAGGCCGACAGGUUAGUUAG